AUGAAGAAAACGUCGAGAAGUCUGUCACUUUUUGAUAUACGGCUAGAAGGCACUGACCAUGAUGUGAUAGUGGUUAAGGGAACGGUUGAUGAAGCGCCCUCAGUUCUACUGAGCGGAUCCGUAGUUCUUUCAGUGAGAGAACCCAUUUAUGCCAAAAAGAUUUCUUUGACCUUGUAUGGUGUGAUUAAGCUAAAUGUCACUACUAUGGUACAAGGUCCUAGGGGACCUGCUCCAAGAAAUGUGAAGUACGAUAGACGGUUCUACGAGCUAUCCCUUGACGAUAUAGAUCUUCAUCCUCAUCUAGUGGAUGGAUCGACUGUCAAGAAGCCAUUGAGUAGAACUAAUUCGUCAUCCAGUUUAGGUGGCCUUGCAUCGCUAAGUACCACAUCAUUGAAGAAUUUCGCAUCAUCUGCUAGCCAUGCAAGUGUUUUACCCGAAGGUAACUAUGUAUUCCCAUUCAGUACCAUAUUACCGGGCUCUCUUACCGAAAGUGUCGAGGGUUUGCCCAAUGCUACAGUAUUUUAUAAACUGCAAGCAACUUUGGAAAGGGGUAAAUUUGCAUCAGAUAUAUCUACGAAGAAACAUGUUAGAGUGGUAAGAACCUUAACACCAGAUGCUCUAGAAUUAUUCGAAACUGUGGCUGUUGAUAAUACUUGGCCGCAGAAAGUGGAUUAUUCCAUUUCGGUACCCUCAAAAGCUAUCGCGAUUGGUUCAUCUACGCCUAUUAAUAUCAUGGUCGUACCGCUUCUCAAGGGGUUAAAGCUCGGUCCAAUCAAAAUAUCUCUAGUGGAGUAUUCAUCAUACUCCGCGCCAUAUAGUAAUCCUAACGGUGCUGAUAGAACGAUCUUGAAAGUUAAAAUACAGGACCCAUUACAUCAUAUAAAUAAUGGAGAAUACGAUGCAACAAAUACCACUGAAUUUGAUUUCCAGGACAAAUGGGAAAUCAACACCUCAGUCAGGAUACCACCAAAUCUCUCGAAAUGUGUUCAAGACUGCUUAAUCUUAACUAAUAUUAAAGUUCGUCACAAAUUGAAGUUCGUGAUAGCAUUAGUCAAUCCUGAUGGUCACAUUUCCGAAUUACGCGCAUCAUUACCCGUGCAACUAUUCAUCUCACCAUUUGUUACAGUGGCCGUAAGAAAUGCGGAUAAUGUCGACACCAAUACCAGUAACUCUGGGAAUAACACGGAUAAUGAAGCCCUCGAGAAAGAUGAUUUGAUGUUUGCUCACUCUAAUUCGGAGGUAAAUUUAAAUUCAGUGGAUAUCGCAUUGAACAACGAUGCAUCUGCUGGUCCCAAUACAUCGUUAUUUGCACCUCCAAAUUAUGGUAACCACGUAUACGACAGAUUAUGGAACAAUAUAAUGGUCGAAGAUACCCCAGUUAAUUCUGGUACUCAAUCUCCUGCGGAGUUCAACCAACCACCGACACUUUCUCAUUCAAGUGAUGUAAGUGAGCUACAGCGAAGCCUCCAACAGCUCAGACUUGAACGGGAGAUGGAAGAGCCGGAUGGUAGUGGAUUGAAUCUUGACACACAAGUUCCUAGUAGGUCAGCUUUAGCGACACCACUUUCAUUGCAAGACGUACCCUCUCAGUUACGGGUAAACGAUUAUUUUACACUGAACUCCUCGAAUCGUAACAACCACAGCGUUCUCAACGUGCCGUCACAUUUAAGAUCGCCGUCCCAGAUGGACUCCCCUGGCUUUGAUUACUUAUCCAGAGCGAAUUCGUUUGAAUUCAAGGCGGGAUCUCCUUCUAGGAAUGAUUGGGAAAUAUCUAGUUUAAGCAGAGUACCGUCUUACGACAAUGCAAUGAAAACUGCAUCUACUAUGGGAGAAUUGCCACCAGCGUACCCUAGUGACGGGGAUGCACUAAAUGGUGGUAGCACAACCUUUUCUGUGGGAUCUCUUGAAAGACCCAAAGAAUUGCAUCAUAGGUGCCAGCCAGAGAUGCACCACUGUGCACAUUCAAAAAUCUCACCAUCGAUGUUGAUCAACCAAAGUAAUCAGUCUUCAAACUCAUUGACCCACAUGUAUGCAGAUCACCAUGAGAGAGAAUUAGAGGAUUCUCAAACAACCAAGCACGCUGGACGACCUUUCCUUGCGAAAUCGACUUCAACGAGCGCAUUGAAAAAUACUGCAUCAAAGCAUUUUGGGUUUAGUAUGACGCCGCUGUCUCACAUAGCAAGGUCUGCUACUCCACCUGCAAAAUUCUCCCCACUUUCAAAUUCGUCAAAUGGAAUUCAGACGCCGAAAGCUGUCUCAAACAGAAAUAAAGUGACUUCUGGAUCGAAUAAACAUCAGUCCUUUGGCAGUUUUACAGGUAUCCUCCAUAAGAAGGAUAUAGAUAAUGAACAGUAA